AUGGGAAAAAUUCCACUUGUACACAAUCGUAGUGAAGCAGUCGAUUCUUUACGAGAGAAAAAAGUCAAAGCGUUGAAUGAAUACGAUAUCUACAGCACAACUCGACAUGCUGAAAACUGCCGUGUACAACGUCAUACUGUAUUCCUCUUCAUCGUCUUCGGUGCAGUCCGCAUAACAUCGUACAAGUUUGAAGGGCUCUUAACGAAAAGGCUCCUUCCCACAGUAGGUGUUCAGUCACACGUACUGUUACAUCUCAUCACAUUUGCUCUUUCAUUGAUGACUUUCUAUUCGUAUGUCAAGGAUCUGUUCCGCAUGAGUCGUUUCGUAGUGUACGGACUUCGGAGCAAAUUCUACAAAGCAAAUCACGACCCCAUUCUUACUUUUAUUGCACUUUAUAUUUACAUGAGUAUUGUUAUGAAAUUACCACUAAUUGUUUAUGAGGUGAGAGCGAUUAUACUUACAUUGAUAUAA